UGGAUUUCAACUACUUUUUCCUACAUUUUUGCUAUUUUAAUGACUUUUGGAGUAACAGGGAGAAGCAGAAAUGUACUAAAUGCUGCCAUUUGUUCUGCAGCAGCUUCUGAUCCUGUUCUGCAGUAAGACAGGUGACUAUACAGACAUGCCUUUAUCACUGUCCAACAGGUUCUGAUAGGAGAGGAUGAUCCUCUACCUGAGCUGACUCCUCAGACUGAUCCAGCUGUAUUUUUCUCUAACACACACAGCUACUUCUCAGCAGACAUACCUCAAAAUUACAGAAGAGUGAUACAAACACUUAAACAAUCAGACGCUGAGCCGUGACACACAGUUCAACAUAUAGGACCACGUCUCUCAGGGGGAUGUUGUGCUCUCAUUUGCGUCCCUCACUACCUCACCUCUUGUCGCUGAGGCUUCUGGGUACUGCAGCCUCCAGGACUGUAGCGGUCAAGCAGCCUGAGCUUCUGUCAGCGACUCUGGCCUUCGAGGAUUCCGGCGCCUUCAGGGUGAAGAGUCUGGGUGAGCUGCUCCGGGCUCUGGGUGUCUUCAGACUCUGUUCCUUCCCAGUGCUGGUUAACAACUGUGGAAAGCUGAUGUCGAUAGCUCGUACUCUCCUCGGCAGGAGGGGCUUUUCUCUGCUGCUGCGACCCACCGUCUAUGCCCAGUUUGUGGCCGGAGAGAACGAGAGUGAGAUCUCUCAGUCCAUGGAGAAGAUGAGCUCGCUGGGCUUGAGGCCCAUGUUGGCUGUUCCUAUAGAGGAGGACCUGGGAGAGAGCACCGGGGAGAAACGAUACGACGACAACAUGGAGGCCAUGCUGGAAUGCGUGCGAAUGUCCCACAGCAACGCCUGGUGCAAAGACCCGAUGAUGCAGCUGAAGAUCACGGCGCUGCUCAGCCCGGAGCUGUGUGUUAAACUCACAACCGUCAUUGCACAACAACCCUAUGAUCUGGAUCUCCUGAUCAGAGCGAUGGAUGGAGAGACGGUCACCUUUCCUGGUUUAGAUGAAAAAGAAGCUGCUCACUUUCUGUGUGGCCUGAAGAGACUCAACAGAAUAUCAGAGGUCAGCGUGAACAAAGUCAGAGUCCUGGUGGAUGCAGAGUACACCUACAUGAACCCCGCCCUCUCCCUGGUCACCAUGGCGAUGAUGAAGAAGUUUAACAAAGACGGCGCCUGGAUUUGGAAUACGUAUCAAUGCUACCUGAAGGAGUCAAGGUCUCUCCUGUUAGAGGCUCUACGUCUGUCCAGGAAUCAAGGCUUCUGUUUGGGCGUCAAGCUGGUCCGAGGAGCCUACAUGGACAAAGAGAGGAAGCUUGCGGAGAAAGAAGGUCGUGCGGAUCCCGUUCACAAGUCCUGGAACGACACCAAUGACAGCUAUAACGGCUCCCUGGAUGUGAUGCUGGAAGUCAUAUCACAGAAACCUGAUGGCUACAGGAUCAUAGUCGCCACUCACAACGAGGAGUCAGUGAGACGAGCUGCCAAACGGAUGGAAGAGCUGGGGAUCGACAAAGACGGAGGCUCGGUGUGUUUCGGCCAGCUGCUGGGAAUGUGUGAUCACGUCUCCCUCACACUGGCUAAGGAGGGUUAUGCCGUGUACAAGUCAGUUCCAUACGGCUCGGUGGACGACACUCUGCCCUACUUGGUGCGUCGGGCUCAGGAGAACCGAACAGUGCUGCAGGGAAUCAGGAAAGAGAGAGACCUACUGAGGCAGGAGCUGAACCGCAGAAUGAGGCUGAGUCUGACGGGGGGAAGAUGACAGAGUUACAAUGAAACUCCUCUGAACCACUAGACACUCUCAUUUUAAUACUCAUGAAACUGUAGGAUAAGGAAGCCAUGAGGAGAACCCUGUUGGCCUGUUGAACAUGAGAAAGUCAAACCCAUGUACACGUCAAGCUCAAAUCGAAACUGCAGUGGUAAAUGCAAAACAAGCACAAAACUUGCUGUACUGUUCAUCUAAUUUAAUUUGUGGGUAAACUGAAUAAUCUUUCAAUAAGUGAGAUCAAUGGGUGUUUCACUGGAGUUCGAUGGCAUUUUAAAUACGUUAUAUUCCUGCUGUGCAAUAAAAACGAUUAAUUUCUUCGUGUUUUAUUAGAAUAAACUUCUUAAAUGUG